AUGAAUCACAACGCAAAAAAAACUGUCGGGAAAAGAACCCAGACGCAGCCUGAGAACCCGUUUGCUACCCUGAUUCCGGAGCAACAAAUCGCCACUAUCCCCUCCUUCACCCUCGAGUCAGGAGUCACUCUCCAGAAUGUGCCCGUCGCCUACACCACGCGGGGCAAGCUCAACGCCAACGGCGACAAUGCCAUGGUCAUCUGCCAUGCCUUGACUGGCAGCGCAGACGUCAGCGACUGGUGGGGUCCCCUCCUCGGUGGACCCGGAAGAGCAUUCGACACUUCGAGAUUCUUCAUUGUGUGCAUGAAUGCUCUCGGAAGCCCUUACGGCACCGCAAGCCCAGUCACUGCCAAGGACGGCGAUCCGUCCAAGGGGAGAUACGGGCCCGAAUUCCCUCUCACGACAAUCCGUGAUGAUGUCAACCUGCACAAGCUGCUGUUGGAUGAGCUCGGAGUAAAGCAAAUCGCCGCAGUCAUCGGUGGAUCUCUCGGCGGCAUGUUUGUGUUGGAGUGGGCGUACCUGGGCAAGGAGUACAUCCGCUGCAUUGUGCCUAUUGCAACCUCGAGCAGACACAGCGCAUGGGGUAUCAGCUGGGGCGAGGCACAGAGACAGAGCAUCUAUGCCGACCCCAAGUACGACGACGGCUACUACCCAUUCGACGACCCGCCGUCGACCGGUCUCGGCGCCGCUCGCAUGUCCGCUCUCCUGACCUACCGCAGCCGAAACUCCUUCGAGUCCCGUUUCGGACGGAACAUACCGGACCCCUCAAGGCGGCAGACUAUCCGCGAGAAGCCCCGCCCCAGCACGCCGUCAGAGGCCCACUUCCACAUUCACAACGACGGUCACAAUGUCAAGCGGGCUACCAUUUCGCGGCAGAACAGCCAGGGAGGCAUCAACGAGACGUCAACUAACGGCGCGACGGCAGACGCAGUUGCCGACGCUCCUGACCCCCAAUUCCAUGGUCCACAGACUGACAGCCUUACGGGCGGCGACAAGCUCCCUACUUCAACAUACUUCUCCGCGCAGUCCUAUCUGCGCUACCAGGGACAGAAGUUUGUGAAGCGUUUCGACAGCAACUGCUACAUUGCCAUGACGAGGAAGCUCGAUACUCACGAUGUCUCCCGUGACCGCGCGCCGACGAUUGCUGAGGCUUUGGCCCUUAUCGAGCAACCCACAUUGGUUCUCGGUAUCGAGAGCGACGGCCUGUUUACCUUCGCUGAGCAGGAGGAGAUCGCCGAGCACAUCAAGAACGCCAGGCUCGAGCGUAUUGACAGCCCUGAGGGCCACGACGCCUUCUUGCUGCAGUUCGAGCAAGUCAACCACUACGUGUUGGGCUUCUUGAAAGAAACGUUGCCUGAUAUUAUGAGCAAGCAGGGCGAGGAGGUCGAGGAAGUUGGUGUGGGUCAGCUGACCAAGAGUAGCACCUUUGGAGAGGCCGAGGUAGACGACAUUACCGCCUGGUAG